UAGAAGAAGCGUCAGGAGGCGGGGCCUGUCCGUUUGAAAGUGGCGGGCAGUCCCGACACUCAGCGGCCUGACGGCGGAGCAGCGGCUCGGUUAAACUUCAUCCACUUCCCCGCAACAAGUAUCAGAACAUUUAUCAAGUAGUGUGUCACAGUCGUGUUGUUUAUCCUCAACCUGGACCGCUGGAUGCAGUUUGUUCGUGACAUUUUAAACGUUGUUACCGGAGGAAACGUGAGAAGGUAUAGGAGUCUUGCAUCAUGACGAACGAGGACGCUAAGGUGAUCCCGGUGCGGGUUGCCUUGCGGUGUCGCCCGUUGGUACCUAAAGAAAUCAAUGAGGGAUGUCAGUGCUGUCUCACCUUUGUGCCUGGGGAGCCACAGGUGAUCGUUGGCACAGAGAAGGCGUUCACCUAUGAUUAUGUAUUCGAUCCGACUGCUGAGCAAGAAGAAGUGUUCAAUACGGCCGUGUCCUCCUUGUUGAAUGGGCUUUUCAAAGGUUACCAUGCCACAGUUCUUGCAUACGGACAGACGGGAUCAGGGAAGACCUUCUCCAUGGGAGGAACGUACACAUCCGCUCAGGAAAACGACCCUUCAGUCGGAGUUAUCCCACGAGUUAUUCAACGGAUCUUUAAGGAGCGAGAGAGCAGGACGGACUGUGAAUUCUCUCUGGCAGUAUCCUACCUGGAGAUCUAUAAUGAAGAUAUAUUGGACUUGCUGUGCGCGUCUAAAGAUAAACCCUCCCUCAGCAUUCGGGAAGACCCUAAAGAGGGAAUUAAGAUUGUGGGUUUAACUGAGAAGCAGGUAUUCUCCGCCUAUGAGAUGGUGGGUUGUCUGGAGCUCGGAAAUUCAGCUCGGACUGUCGGUUCCACGGCAAUGAACGCCGCUUCUUCACGCUCACAUGCCAUCUUCACCAUCACUCUGGAGCAACGCAGAGGGACAGACAAAGUCGAUUCGGUUGUUUCAAAAUUACACCUUGUGGAUCUGGCUGGCUCAGAGAGGCAAAAGAAAACCAAAGCGGAGGGAGAUCGUUUAAAGGAAGGCAUCAGCAUCAAUCGUGGUCUUUUGUCUUUGGGUAAUGUGAUCAGUGCCUUGGGGGAUGAAAGCAAGAAAAAUGCCUUUGUUCCUUACAGAGACUCCAAACUCACCCGUCUGCUUCAAGAUUCUUUGGGAGGCAACAGCCACACUUUGAUGAUCGCGUGCAUCAGUCCUGCAGACUCAAACAUGGAGGAGACCAUCAACACCCUGCGAUACGCUGACAGAGCGCGCAAGAUUAAAAACAAACCUGUCGUCAACGUUGACCCCAGAGCUGCAGAAAUGAGCCGCCUGAAACAACAGGUCCAGGAGCUGCAGGUGAUGCUACUUCAUGCCCGUGGAGGAGUGGCUCCCGUUCUCUCUGGGCCAGAGUCUGCAGAGAAUGUGACUAAGCUGCUGGAAAGGAUCCGCAGCCUGCAGGACGAGAACAAUAAACUAAGCAGGGAGCUGAGCGAGGCGGCCGGACAAACUGCCUUUAUGUUUGAGAAAAUCAUUAUGACCGAACAAGCAAACGAGAAACUGCAAAGCAAACUGGAACAACUGCGGCACCACGCGGCAUGUACUGUUGAUCUUGAGAAGAUCUUGGAGACACUGGAGGACCAGGAGUUAAAGGAGAACGUCGAGGUGAUGAAGAACCUGCAAGACGUCAUCUUGGAGCUCAAGAAUGAGAGCGCAGGCAUCGCCGCCUCCAUCGAGGCUAUGGCUGCAGGAGAUGACGGACCAGAGACGUCUGGGAACGGCAGCACUAACGCAGCAGAUGACUCGCCAUCUGAUGUUACUGGCCUCGCCGGUAAGGAGUCCCCGGAGGCUUUUACAGCCCAUCAUGCACUGCGGCAGGCCCAGCUCUCCAAGGAACUGAUCGAGCUGAACAAAGUGUUGAGCUUGAAGGAAGCGUUUGUGAGGAAAAUGUGCCAGAACGACACCCAGUUAGAGCCGAUGCAGUCGGAGGACAAGAAAAACUUUCAAACUCUUCAGUCGGCGGUGGAUUCACUGCAGAAAGAGAAGGAGGACCUGGUUUUGGCACUUCAGUCUGCAAAGAAGGACACCAACCAGGCUAAGCUUAGCGAGCAGCGGAGGAAGAGACUGCAGGAGCUCGAGGGCCAGCUCGUCGACAUGAAGAAGAAGCUUCUCGAGCAGUCCAAACUGCUGAAACUCAAAGAGUCCUCUGUGCAGAAAGUCAGCAAGCUCAUGCAGGAGAUACAGGCUAUGAAGACCCAGCGUACGCAGCUGAUGAGGCAGAUGAGGGAGGACUCUGACAAAUUCAGACAGUGGAAGAGCAAGAAGGACCGAGAGGUGCUGCAGCUCAAGGAGAAGGAUCGAAAACGUCAGUACGAGUUGCUUAAACUCGAGAGGGAUUUCCAGAAACAGGCCAGCGUUCUGCGCCGUAAAACCGAGGAGGCUGCAGCUGCAAACAAGCGGCUGAAAGAUGCUCUCCAGAAGAGAAGUGAGGUCGCAGAGAAACGCAAAGAUGCCCAAAAGAAAGGGAUGGACGGGGCUGCAGCGAGAAUGAAGACAUGGUUUCUCAAUGAAGUGGAGGUUAUGGUCAGCACAGAGGAGGCCCGACGCCACCUCAACGAUCUGCUGGAGGACAGAAAGGUCUUGGCUCAGGAGAUCAACCACCUCAAACAGCAGAUGGAGGCAGGGGAGCGACCCGCUGCCAAAAUCAGGCGUCGGACACUGAUCAUCUCUGAGCUGGAGACUCAGGGGGCGCUCGAAACACCUCUGACCAAACAGGUGGAGAACCUGGAAACAGAGAUGGGCCUCAGGAACGCUCAGAUCGCUGACCUUCAGCAGAAAGUUCUCGUCGCAGACGGCGAGAGCCGCCUGAAACAGCGCGUAGACGGCAUCACAAGCAUCGUCGAAGCCAAGUACGGCCUCAAAGUCCUGAUGUCCGAGCUGGUGUCGGCCAAAACAGCCAGUGCCAAGCUGGAGAGCGAACUGAACCAGGAGAAGGUGAACUCACAAGAUUUAAGGAAGAUGCUGGUCGACGAGAGAAACGUGAUGUUGACGAUGGACAUGGAGCACCAGCAGCAGAUGGUGGAACUCGAGCAGACGCAUCAAGAGAAGGUCCUUUACCUCCUUAACCAGCUGCAGAGCAAACCUAUCUGCAGCGAGUCGGACGAAACAAAGCAGAAAGAUGAGGAGAGUUUGAAGGAGAAGGAGCUUCUCCAGCGCCUCAAAGUCCAGGAAGAAGAGAUCGAAAAGCUGCGAGAGUUAAGCGAGCAGAACCAGAAACUGGUGGAGCAGAACGAGCAGUACAGACAGAAACUCUCACUGCUUCACCUGGCGAGUGGAAAGAAAGUCCUCGUGCCGACGACAAACAAUGAAAACAGCCUAGAAGACUCGUUUGAGUACAUUCCUCCAAAGCCGAAAACAAAGCGCUUCACCACGGCCAAAGCAUCCCAGAGCACGGCCAUCAAAGUGGAAGAGCUGAUCUCUCCGAGCGAGGACGAGAAUGACGAGGAAGAGGAGGAGUGGUGUCCAGAGAAAGCCGAGAAGGGACGAAGAAUCUCAAAGAAAACGAAAGCAACUGGGUGUGCGUGUAAAGGUCGCUGCGUCAACAAGCAGUGCAGGUGCCGCAAAGGGAAGAUGACCUGUGGGGAGAACUGCCAGUGUGAUCACGGGAAAUGUCGAAAUAUGGACAAGCAGGUGCCUGCAGAGGACGUGAGUCAGACAGACAGUCUUUCUACAGACUCCGGGUCUCUUCAAGAGCAGACGUCUGUCAGCCCCGACAACUCCACCUUCUUCAAGCCGCCGUCUUGUACACCAACCAAGAAGGUUCUCAAAGAAAUCGGAGACAUGGGACACGCCUCUGCAGACCUGAAGCUGGUCAGGAAACCUCUUUUGCCCGAGGAAGAGGAGGAGGAGGACGACUUUGAGGACAGAACAACAGUGAGCUUCCUCAAGAAGAAGAAAAGACUCCUGACGAGUUUUCAGAACAGUUUCUUCUCCGGAUGCACUCCCAUCAGAGAGGAGUCUUAGUCAGGACAGAGCAGGAGAGGGCUUUUAUACGUUAGGUGUCCAUGUCUUUUUUGUCUUUAUAUAUGUGACUAACUGAUUGUUGUGUACUGUAACUUGAACGUAGCUGUCGAUUCUUUGUUUUCUGUAGAGGGGUAACAAAAGGACUGUGAAUAGAAACGUUUACUGGAAGUCGCAACGAGACGAUCAGGAAGCCUGUACAUAGUAUUGUAGUUUAUCGUAGCACUAAUACGUCGAAUCAGUCGUCCACAGAUCUCCCAGUCACGCCGUUUAUAUCACAACAUCGUUCGGUUUUUAACUCUGCUUUUACUUUCACAGCUGAAUAAAGUCUUACACCCGAAUCUUGUUUUUAAAAGAUUGACAAACAGUUUUUUGUUUUGUCGUCUGAACGUUUCGCGUCAUCAGUCGAAGGGAAUUAAUUUAUUUCGUUCAUUAGUCCGUUAAGUUGUACUCACUUCCGUCGCUGUUCGUUUAGCUGUUGAUCCCUGGAGUUGAAUUAAAAAUGAAGCAUUGCAUUGAUUUUAAGAUGACUGUACUGUAGCACAUAUUUCUUUCUCGCAAAUGCUCAACAGAACAAAAUAAACCAUCAGAUAGUCGUGGUGUUUUAAUA